AUGAAAAAGCAAAAUUUACAAAUACUUUUAUUACAUGGUGGCGUUGAAGCUGGUUCCCCAAGUCUGGCUGCACAAACUGAUGGUGCAUUUGUUCCAAAGACAACUUUAGAAGAGGCUAUUUUACUGCUCGUGAUUUUAUUAAAAAAAAGGCACCUUGGUAAGAUCGAAUGGGAUCCUUCAGUGAUUGAGCAUUUGACGUUUGCAUUGUCUCUAUGUGGCCAGACUUCUAUAUUGGCAAGGCACUUUGAAGAGCUCUUGCCUGGAACUUUUCAUCGAUGUGAUAGAUGGAACAAUAUGGCUCUUUGUUAUCGUGCAGCUGCACAGAACACGAAUGCCUUAAAUCUGUUAAGGAAAUCUUUGAGCAAACUCGAAAAAACAGAUGAUACCGCUAAGAUCUGCAGUGAGGAUUGCUUUCUUGCUUCUGAAGGGGUCAAUUAUGCCAGGAGAGCUAUGUUAAAUUGUCAAGCAGAUGAUGAGCACCUAAAGAGUGUUGCUUUCCUUAUUUUAGGUAUUUGCUUGGGGAAACAAGGUAAAAUUGCUUCCUCGGACCAGGAAAGGUCUUGCCUCCAAGCGGAAGCUUUGAAGUCAAGACAUUUAGACGAGGCAAUAAAUCUUGAUCCACACAUUAAUCCAGAUCUAAGUUUUGACCUUGUUCUUGAAUAUGCUGAACAUCGCGAUACGAAUGCCGCAUUGAUCAAAGAGUUCAUUGAUUUAACUGGUGGAUCAGUUUCUAAAGGUUGGAGACUUCUUGCUUUAGUUUUGUCAGCUCAACAACGGUAUUCAGAGGCUGAAGUCGUCACUGAUGCUGCUUUAGAUGAGACUGCAAAGUGGGAGCAAGGAGAGCUGCUUAGAAUAAAAGCAAAACUAAAAGUUGCUCAAUCAUUGCCUAUGGAUGCAGUAGAGACAUAUCGGUUGUUGCUCGCUUUUGUUCAAGCCAGAAGGAAAUCCUUUGUAUCUCUGAGGAUCGUAGUUCUCAGUUGGAAUCCAUUUACGGUUGGUUUGGAUACAAAGGAGGGGAGGGGAGGGGAGUGA